AUCAUUUAUCACUUUCAUACGACUCCCAGCUUGCAAAGAUGUCAAACCCCGUUGUGUUCUUCGAUGUCUCCGCUGGAGGAGCCCCCGUGGGCAGGAUCGAGAUGACGCUGCGUAAUGACGUCACACCCAGGACCGCUGAGAACUUCAGGGCUCUCUGUACCGGAGAGAAGGGCGUGGGCCGCAUGGGCAAGCCCCUUCACUUCAAGGGCAGCUCCUUCCACCGUGUCAUCCCCGACUUCAUGUGCCAGGGAGGUGACUUCACCGCCGGCAACGGCACUGGCGGCGAGUCCAUCUACGGAGCCAAGUUCGCUGACGAGAACUUCACCCUCAAGCACACUGGCCCCGGAAUCCUGUCCAUGGCCAACGCUGGUGCCAACACCAACGGAUCCCAGUUCUUCCUGUGCACUGCCAAGACUGCCUGGCUGGACGGCAAGCAUGUGGUGUUUGGGUCUGUGACCAAGGGCAUGGACGUUGUGAAGAAGAUUGAGAGCUUCGGCAGCGGAAGCGGCAAAACCAGCAAGCCCAUCACCAUCACCGACUGCGGGCAGCUGUCUUAGAUUGGAGCUCAACACAGCGAGUCGUGAGACGCGCACCGCGUAGACAAUCGCUUUCUCUUGAGUGUAGAUGCAGUAAAGACAUUCGCAGCCGCAUGCUUCCUGUCUCGAAGACUUCUGCUUUUCUUUCCUUCUGGUGGUUGCUACUCGGCUUGGCUCAGCUCUGCAGCGUGGCUAGCAUGCUAGCAUGCGCAGCGUAGGCUCUAGCUUUGUAUGCAUCUCGAGCUCGCAACUGAUUUGCUCGACAACCUGAUGGAAGCUGGCUGUUCCUUGUGCCUUGCAACUUCACCGUUUAAUGCCAGUGGAUUCUGAG